GCUGCCGAGCGCCCCAACCUCAGGAUCCUUACCCCAACCCAACCCCGUCGCUCCGUCGCUCGUCUUCCUCCUCGCGCGAGAGCAGCCACCCCUACCUCCCUAUCCCGCUGCCGAGCGCCCCACAGCCCCCUCGCUCCGUCGCUCGUCUUCCUCCUCGCGCGAGCGCCGUUACCAGGUUGAACGCUCCUUCGAUUCUCUCGCUCCCGGCCGUGUCUCCUCCCAUCACCUCACGAACGGAUUACGCCCUUUAGCCCCCCGUUUCAUCUCCUUAAUCUCCCCCAAUUCGUAACUGAGGAAACAAUCAAGGUAGGGCGGCCGCCCUAACUUUCCCUACUGGGUCCUCCGCCCGUGUCUUUCAUGGAGAUGCUUAACUGUAAGGGUGUUUGUUUUAGCUUGAUAAACAUCAACGGAACCAGAGCCAACCAGUUAGUAAAGGUAGGAUCUCAGCCUCGACGAGUUGGCCGUGUAAGAUCAAUAACAUGCUGUCAGUACUCUCCUGGUCCUUCUAGCAAGAGGCAUGAGAGGUAUCAGCCACCUACGAGUCAGUCACAACCACAAAAUGUCGAUCUCCCAGAAAUACACCCAAAGAAAAAAAAGAAGCCCUUUCCUGUUCCAAUCAAAAAGAUGCUGCAAGCUUCUCGUCAGGAUAAGAGGCUUGCACGGAUGAGGAUAGAGAAGCCUCUUGAACCCCCAAAGAACGGUUUGCUUUUACCAGAGCUUGUUCCUGUUGCUUACGAAGUCCUUGAUAACUGGAAAAUGCUCAUAAGAAGCCUCCCUCAACUUUUGAAUGUUGUUACAGUCUAUGGUUGCAGAAAAUGCCCACAAGUCCAUGUUGGCCCAGUUGGUCACCAGAUACAAGAUUGCUAUGGUUCAGGAAGCCAGCGUCGUAAUAGUCACCACUCUUGGGUCAGAGGCUCGAUCAACGAUGUGCUCAUCCCUAUCGAGUCUUACCAUCUUUUUGACCCAUUUGGGCGGAGGGUCAAGCAUGAGACCAGGUUUGACUAUCACAGGAUUCCAGCAAUUGUCGAGCUAUGCAUUCAGGCUGGUGUCGACUUGCCCCAAUAUCCCUCAAGGAGACGGACUGCUCCUGUGCGGAUGAUCGGCAAGAAGGUGAUUGACCGUGGUGGGGUUGUUGACGAGCCUGAGCCACACCGAUCAGAGGACUGUAUAUCUCUUCUUGCUGAACUUGACACAUUUAGCAACCAACAGGGCCAGUCACCCGCGCCAUUCAAUGUGAAAGAGCAUGCAGAGAGGACAUUGAAAGCAUACUGCAAUGUCCGGCAAGGCGUGGGGCAGCUUAUGAGCAAGUAUACUGUAAAAGCAUGUGGGUACUGCUCUGAGGUUCACGUUGGGCCAUGGGGACACAAUGUGCAGCUCUGUGGGGCUUUCAAGCACCAGUGGCGUGAUGGCAAGCACGGGUGGCAGGAUGCGGUUGUCGAUGAGGUCAUACCACCGAACUAUGUGUGGCAUGUCCCUGACCCUGCUGGCCCUCCUCUCAGAUCCUCUCUAAGGAGUUUCUAUGGCAAAGCUCCGGCCGUUGUUGAGCUGUGUGUUCAGGCCGGAGCUGAGAUACCUGAUGAGUACCGGCCAAUGAUGAGGACUGAUAUCGUCAUCCCGGACUCGAAGGAAGCUCGGAUGGCUGCUUGACGAUAAUGGUCUACACUGCAUUUCUGUGGUUCCCCAGAAUCCAAGUACCAGAGAUGCCUAUUUCCAACCAUGCUCUGAUGGUUAGGAGCAGCAUAGACUGCCCAGGGAUCAACAAAUGCAUAGGCUGUACUGUAGUAUGAUAUAAUAGUGUGCCCCAACCAUGAUCAACCAUACAUUCAAAUUGAUAAAUCUAGUGAAGUAUCCAUGAAAAGAUGCACGACUUCAAGAAAGGAAGUGAGAAGAAUGUCCUCUGCUAUGGUGUAUAGGUCUUGUUUAAUGGCGGCAGAUGCUUUAUUCUUCCCUAUGCUAGACUGUGAGGCACUUACAAUGGCUCGAUACAGAUGGCUUCCCCCUUUCUGUGCCGGUACUAUGCUUAAUUGCGAGCUUAUUCCUUGGAUUAAACUAAUCACGGCGAUUUGUUCGGGUAUUUGUGCGCCUGGCUGUAACUAAUCAUGGACUAAAAGCUGUGCACUUGUACCCGCCCCAGAUCAUCACUGCCUGUAUGGCUACAUGUAUACCAUCAGAUUAUCAGUAAUGUAUCCUCUCUGUUCUUCUCCCUGUACCAAUGGUGUAAUGCUUGCUGGUGUAUAUCAAAUGGAUGGUUAGAGAGCCAUGGUGAAAACAUAUAAGUUCUUUUUUUGUGUGUGUGUCACAUUUAACGAA